UGCCCGACCUUUGGUAAGGGGCUUGACCUCCCGGAGUCUCGGGGUCUUAACCUUUAAAACGAGCUGUGAAUUUCGGCGGCUUUCUAAGCCGGCGCCCAAAGAAAGGAGAGGAUGGAGGACGGAAGAAAAGAGCCCAUGGCAGAUACCCAGUACAUCCUACCUAAUGACAUCGGUGUGUCUAGCCUGGACUGCCGUGAGGCCUUCCGCCUGCUGUCACCCACAGAACGCCUCUAUGCCCACCAUCUGUCACGGGCUGCCUGGUAUGGAGGCCUGGCUGUGCUGCUGCAGACCUCCCCUGAGGCUCCCUACAUCUAUGCUCUGCUCAGCCGCCUCUUCCGUGCCCAAGACCCUGACCAACUGCUCCAGCAUGCCCUGGCUGAGGGUCUUACCAAAGAGGAGUAUCAGGCGUUUCUGGUGUAUGCUGCGGGGGUCUAUUCCAACAUGGGCAACUACAAGUCCUUUGGUGACACCAAGUUUGUGCCCAACUUGCCCAAGGAGAAGCUGGAACGUGUGAUCCUGGGGAGUAAGGCUGCCCAGCAGCAUCCAGAAGAAGUCAGGAGCCUCUGGCAGACCUGCGGGGAGCUUAUGUUCUCUCUGGAGCCAAGGCUUCGACACCUUGGGCUGGGGAAGGAGGGAGUCACCACCUAUUUUUCUGGAGAUUGUACCAUGGAAGAUGCCAAACUGGCCCAGGACUUUCUGGACUCCCAGAACCUCAGUGCAUACAACACACGGCUCUUCAAAGAGGUUGACCAGGACGGGAAACCCCGUUAUGAGGUGCGGCUGGCAUCCGUGCUCGGCACAGAUCCUGCUCUAGACUCUGAAGUGACUUCCAAGCUGAGGAGCUAUGAGUUCCAGGGGUGUCAUUUCCAGGUCACCAGGGGGGACUAUGCCCCCAUCCUUCAGAAGGUUGUGGAGCAACUGGAGAAAGCCAAGGCAUAUGCAGCCAACAGCCACCAGGAGCAGAUGCUGGUCCAGUACAUGAAGAGCUUCACCCAAGGCUCCAUCGAGGCCCACAAGAGGGGCUCCCGCUUCUGGAUUCAGGACAAAGGCCCCAUUGUGGAGAGUUACAUUGGCUUUAUUGAGAGCUACCGUGACCCCUUUGGCUCCCGAGGAGAAUUUGAAGGCUUUGUGGCCAUGGUGAACAAAGCCAUGAGUGCCAAGUUCGAGCGGCUGGUGGCAAGUGCUGAGCAGCUAUUGAAGGAGUUGCCCUGGCCUCCCACCUUCGAGAAGGACAAGUUCCUCACCCCCGACUUCACCUCCCUGGAUGUCCUCACCUUUGCUGGCUCUGGCAUCCCUGCAGGGAUCAACAUCCCCAACUAUGAUGAUCUGAGACAGACAGAAGGCUUUAAGAAUGUUUCUCUAGGGAACGUGCUGGCUGUGGCCUAUGCCACAAAGCGGGAGAAGCUCACAUUCUUGGAGGAGGAGGACAAGGACCUGUAUAUCCGUUGGAAGGGGCCCUCCUUUGAUGUGCAGGUUGGAUUGCAUGAGCUGCUGGGCCAUGGCAGUGGCAAGCUCUUUGUGCAGGAUGAGAAAGGAGCAUUCAAUUUUGACCAGGAGACAGUGAUCAACCCAGAGACUGGAGAGCAGAUUCAGAGCUGGUACAGAAGUGGGGAGACGUGGGACAGCAAGUUCAGCACUAUCGCCUCGAGCUACGAAGAGUGCCGGGCAGAGAGCGUGGGCCUCUACCUCUGCCUCCACCCCCAAGUGCUGGAGAUCUUUGGCUUUGAGGGGACUGAUGCAGAAGAUGUGAUCUACGUGAACUGGCUCAACAUGGUUCGAGCUGGGCUGCUGGCUCUGGAGUUCUAUACUCCAGAGGCAGCCAGCUGGCGACAGGCCCACAUGCAGGCCCGGUUUGUGAUCCUGAAGGUUUUGCUGGAAGCUGGCGAAGGACUUGUUACCGUCAUACCCACCACAGGCUCCGAUGGGCGCCCAGAUGCCCGGGUCCAUCUAGACCGCAGCAAGAUCCGGUCAGUGGGCAAACCUGCCCUAGAGCGGUUCCUGCAGAAACUGCAGGUGCUGAAGUCCACAGGGGACGUGGUUGCAGGUCGGGCCCUGUAUGAGGGGUAUGCAGCAGUCACGGACACACCCCCCGAGUGCUUCCUCACCCUCAGGGACACAGUGCUACUACGCAAGGAAUGCCGGAAGCUUAUCGUCCAACCCAACACUCGCCUUGAAGACUCAGAAGUACAGCUUGUUGAGUAUGAGGCCUCGGCCUCUGGUCUCAUACAGUCCUUCCGUGAGCGCUUCCCAGAAGAUGGGCCCGAGUUGGAGCAGAUCCUUAUCCAGCUGGCCACAGCUGAUGCCCGAUUCUGGAGGGACACUAUCAAGGCCCCGUCCAGUCAAGCUUGAGAAGAUUUGUGCGGCCCUGCAUUGUGUGCGUGUGUGUGUGCGUGUGUGUGUGCGUGCGUGUGUGUGUGUGUGUGUGUGUGUGUGUGUAAUGGGUUAGGGGAGGGGCAGGAGCACAGACUUUGGUGCUACCUCAGCUGAGGGUGGUGACAGUAACCCCUUUCUUUUGUCAGCACUUUACAGUUUACCAAGUGCUUCCCCUCUGUUACUUGAUCUUUGCUGCCAUCUAUGGAGUGAGCUCCACAGGACUCCUAGUGUGAUAUCUUGGAUGUGACAGUAGUGGCAGUUCUGAUAAAAUCCUACAGGUGGCAUGUGACAGAGCCAGGGCUCAAAACAUUCUCACCAAAUCCAAUGCUCUUCGUGUGUAUUACUUUUAUAACCAUAAAAAUAAAUACCAGAAACAAUCA